GUGAGCGGACAACAGGUACGAGGCUGGUGAAGAGAGAGGUAAAGUCAGAAGGGAUGAAAAACAGAGAAAAUUGUCAGCGAAGGAUGAAAAAGACAAAACAGUGAAAGGGAAGGAAAGCAAAAACACACCAAUGAGGAGACUAUGGAGGUUCAACUCUACUGGCUGCUGCUGUUGUUGGUCGACUGCCGUGGGCGGACUACAGGUGCUGUGAGUGACAUCAGUCCAUAUAUAAAAUAUUAUGAAGGCUUGUCGUACGACAGAAAAGAACUUCACAGAAAGCACCUGAGAGCCAAAAGAGCCUCACAGCCUCAGGACAACACACUGCAGCUGGACUUAACUGCUUUCAACAGAACUUUCCGUCUGCAUUUGAAACACGAUGCAGCAGCAUUUUCCGAAAACUUCACAGUGGUCAGUGAGAAUGGUUCCAUGUCAGCUGACCUCUCCCACAUAUAUUCAGGAACACUAGAGGGUGAAUAUAAUUCAGCCUGCCAUGGCUCGGUCAUACAGGGUCAGUUUGAGGGAACCAUCCAUACAGACAACGGGACCUAUCACAUAGAGCCAGUACAUAGAUACACCAGCAACCAAACAGAUCACCACUCUAUAAUCUACCAUGAGGAUGACAUGGUCCUUCCGUCCAUAAGACCUGCCUCUGAUGGAUUCUGUGCUGCAGAACAUCUAAACCUCCUCCCCCAAAGCCUCAGCUCCGAUGAGGAGGCACCAGUGAGCCGGGUGAGGAGAACACUGGAUGAGUCAAAGACCAGCUGCCUGCUCCACCUCCAUGCUGACCACUACUACUGCCAGAAGUUCAAGUCAGUCGAGGCUGUUGUGGGUCAGGUUUCCUCCUACAUGCGAGCGGUGAACGACAUCUACGACAAGGUGGACUUCGAUGGAAUCAAGCUGAUCAACUUCAAAGUGAAAACCCUCUUUGUGAUGACAGAGGAGAAAAAAAACGAUCCUCUGAGCCCUCUGUACAUCGGGCCGGAGAAACUGUUGAGGCUGUUUGCUGAGAGCAAUUGGAACGACUACUGUCUGGCCUAUGUGCUCACUAACAGAGACUACAGCGGAACACUGGGACUCGCCUUCGAGGGCAAGCCUGGUAACGCAGGAGGAAUAUGUUCAAAGCAGAUCAGAUCUCUUAAGGGCGAAAACAUCAGCCAGAACACAGGUUUGGUCACAAUUCAGAACUACGGACAGUUCCUGCCUCCUCGACAGGUCCAGCUGACCUUCGCUCAUGAGCUCGGCCACAGCCUGGGAUCUCCGCACGACGACGGCUCGAACUGCGGAAACCUUGGCUCCAGGGGCGGUAAAGGCAGGUACCUGAUGUACCCUGAAGCCACAAGCGAGGUGCGUGAAAACAACGACAAGUUCUCGCCCUGCAGCAUCAAACACAUCAGCAAGAUCCUGAAAGUGAAGAAGGACGACUGCUUUGUGGUCAGUGAUCAGCCCAUCUGUGGAAACUUGAUUGUCGAGGACGGUGAGGAGUGUGACGUCGGUCACAACGACACAGACGCCUGCUGCUUCAGCGCCAAAGAGCAUGUAGGAGUCCAGUGUCACCUCAAGCCUGGUAAAGUGUGCAGUCCGAGUCAGGGCCUGUGCUGCGGUCAGGACUGUGAGUUUAAGCCAGUGGGUCAGGCCUGUGAUGACGAGACUGACUGUCAGAAAGAGGUUGUGUGUUCGGGCCACUCCCCGUUCUGCCCUGAGCCAAGUGCCAAGGAAAACCUUACAGUCUGCAGUCAGGGCACGCGCGUGUGCCUGAACGGGGUCUGUACUGAGUCUGUGUGUCUGAAACACAGCCUUGAGCAGUGUGACUGUCCAGGAGACUUGAUGAAGGAGAAAUGCCAUGUGUGCUGCCAGCAGCUGGAUAAGCCUGAGACGUGUGCCAGCACCACGUCCUCCGUCCUGUCCCGUUUCUUCCAGAAGAAGGCGUUGCCGCUGGUUGCUGGGGCUCCGUGCUCAGGAAACCGGGGUUACUGCGACAAAUUCCAUGUGUGUCGUCUGCUGGAUGCGGAUGGCCCCAUCGCAAGACUGAAAAACUCCCUUCUCAAUUUGGAUGACUUCGAUGACUUAGCGGAGUGGAUGAAGGCUCACUGGUGGGCCAUCCUGGUGGCGAUCCUGACUCUGUCUGCAGUGAUGGGCUGCACAGUCUGCCUCUGUGGCCGCAAGCUGUACACCAGUGAGUUUGAGUGACCCCUGACUUUUGAUCCCUGUCACCUCUGGGACGACAUCAUGACAACGCACACAUUUUACGAGGAUUCCUUCACCUGGGGUUUUUUGAAGUGUCACAGCCACAUUGCAGCAAUCCACUUUGUUGCUCAUCGUAAACUGUGUGAUCUGACUACAGGUGACCUGUGAAGACGCUGAAACCUGCUCAACGCCUGUCACCCUAUUCUGUUAACUGAUAUCUUUGUAAGUCAUGAUGCAUGUGCCACUUUCUUUUCCUUGUGCCACUUGUCUGUUCACAUUUCAUCAAGCAUUGAGAGUCUCCUGUGAUGCAUGUGUGUGUCAGUCAACCCAUGGAUGGAUUACUGAGCUGACCUACCUGGCACAGGCCCCGGGGCCCAAAGUGUCAGGGCCUUCCUUGGGCUUUACCUGCAAAAUGCCACUUGAGGAGACACAUACCAACCAUGAGGAGACUCAAAAUGAUGACAAAGAGACACAGAAAGACCACAAAGAGAUGUGAAACAGCUGCAAAGAAAAUCAAAAUGACGACAGAGCAACACAAAAUGACCACGAGGAUAUACCAAAUGACCACAGAGAUGCAAAACAACUACAAAAACACUCAAAUUGACUACAAAUAGACACAAAACCAAAGAGAGAUACACAACACUUACAAUGAGACGCAAAACAACUGUAACGUCUGUGUGUCUUGCUCAUAUGUAGGAGACGUGGUCGGGCCUUCUGCACCUCCGGGCCCAUUGUUUCAUAAUCUCCCUAUGAGUCAUCUCCCCUUAAACGCUACAUAGCAUCAUACACCUGCCCCUGUAAAGAUUGACGGGACUCUCCCUUGUUUUGCCCUGCAGCAUCCUCACUUCUGUGUUCGAACUUGAUCGCUAAUUUUAGCCUUAAAGGAAUACUCCACCCACAAAAUGACCAUUUAUAAAUCAGGUCCUCGUGCUGUGUGACCUUGGAAUUUGUGAAGAAAACUUUUUUUCUGUAAGCCUCCACAGAAAAUGGAGAACAUAUGAUUGCUUGGAAAUCGCAUUUAAGUACAGCAAAACUAUGUCACCGCAUCUGUUUACAAACUCUCACACAAUUCUUGUCUUAUUUUCUAGUCGUAUGCUCAGCUUCCCAAACACAUGCAUUUUUGCUGAAAAACUUUAGUAUUGUAGUCAUAGAUACGUUUCAGUUUCAGUUCAGUUUUCAGCUGUAAGUUGUGGCAAAAAUGUAUGUUUGGGGAGUAAUGAGCGUACAUUGUGUUUUGAGAGAGUUUGAUGUUUUCAUGUAGUUUUGUCGUUUAAUCAACCUGGUCUCACUCCAAAGACAUCGAAAUCCGGCAUGUGGGCCUCAAAAAGCCGUCCUCUAACGUCAGCAUGACAGGCCUCCGGGUGCCGGCAUCAGGGCGAAACGCAGCAGGACAGGAAUGAAAGUUAAGGCAGUGAAACACCAACAGCCACCGACUUUCACCCAGGAGAGCAGUGUUUGUGUCCAAGAUUAUAAAGCCAAACCCUGCACUGUUUUCUUAAACCUAACCAUGUGCGUUAGUUGUUGCAGGGAAAAAAAACAUCAAUUCCCGUUGUUGUACUGAUGUGGUGCUUUUUUUUUAAACCAAUUUUCUUGUUUUUACUAAUUUCUUGCUAAUGGGUAAUUUCCCCUUUCGUUGCUCAUUGCUUUUGUCCCAUGUUUUUAAAAAAAGAAACAAAGCCAAUUUGCUCAGGUUUCAAAGGAUUUAAAGGUUUAAUUGCAGAGCCUGAAUUUAGUUAUUCUUAUAUUGUUGUCUUGGUACUCUUACUCAAGUUAAGGAUCUGAAUACUUCUUUCACCACUAAUGAUUUAUAUAUUUACUUAAAGCUGGCUUCAAGCAUCCUAAUGGAGUCUAUCUCUCAGGUCACCUUGACACAGUCGGCCAAACACAUGGCGUCACAACAUCAAGGACAAGAAGAAAUCACAAAGCUUAUUUUGUGUGAUUUAACAAUUCCUCCCACUUUUGUAUCAAAAACAGUUCAAAUUGUUAAAAAUGUUUGGAUCUCACACAGGUUUUGUUCUGAUAAUAAAUAAGAAAAUGAUAAAACAACCUUGAGCUGGUGAAUACAAGUGAUAACAAUGGAACAUUUUUUAUUUGUAUUUGUCACGACCCUAAAAUAAAAGUCAGGCUCAGGGUGACCUCUCAGAAGGCAGUUUUUGGUUUAUUAAAGAAUUUAUACAGUACAGUGAAUAUUUACAAAUAUGUACAAAAGAUUAUAGAAAGGCACAUUUUACAGAUUAAAUUCCUCGGGAGGUAAAAAUAUAUAUAACUAACAGUGUCCCAUACCCCAAAAUCUAUCAUCUGUAUCAUGGUAUUUACAUAACUGUACAAGUAACUUGGUUUUCGCAAUUUCUUCUCCUGUUUUCAGUGCAAAAGUAAAACAUUUCCACUUCUUUAAAGUAGGUAGAAAUAAAGUCACAAUGAUUACAGUACCGAUCUCUAAAGAGCCAAGGUUUAGAUGAAUAAAAGAGCAUUAGUCGAGAUUAAAAAAGUCACAUGCAGAGAAGAAAUUGCAGUCAAGAGAGACAACAUUUAUAUAAACUGUGCUUUCGACUUCACACUGAGCAUCAUGCACCUCGUGUAACUUUAACAGAACUGUAAGUGGACAAAAUGUCAGGUGCUUCUUUGAGGUAACAGCUUCAAAGUAACAUCUCUCAGAGGUGUAGCAGUAAAAAUAGGUUUUUAAAACAACGUUUGCAUGUUCAGAUGUUUCAGUAAAAGUCACAAAGUUUAUACAACAACAAAACUAAAGCACACUGAGGUGAAAAAAGUUAAGACAAGUUUGCAACAGCUUACAUCUGGCUACAGUUUACAGUAAGGCACAUUGUUACAGGUCCCACAGUCACGUAGAGUGCUGGGAGCCACAGUGGUGAAUGCUCUGUUGGUUAGAUAAUACAUGAAGGUAAAUCCACUGCACCAUAUUGCAUAAAACACCUCAAGAAAUUCAUAUUGGCAGUUAUAUUCUUCUUUUUUGCAGCCAAGUCACCAGAAGACAUGUUACAUUUGCAUGUUUCACCUGUGUUAUAUCGACGUUUCUAGUAGAUGAGCGUACUUUGUCAUCAGGGGGAGGGCAGGAGGGUGGCUGGUGUGUCGCCUAGGUGAGCUGCAGACCACUGUUCGAGACCAACAACAACAAAACGGUUGUGAUUUUAGCGAGUCAUUGAUGUUUUUACAGCUGCUUUAUAGGCAUCUAAUGUAAGUGUUUUGCAGUGACCCAUCCAUGUUUUUCCAGCGGGCAGAUAUCGCUGCUUUUUCGAGUGGAAAUUGUGUCCCCAAAAAAGCGUAUUUUAAGCCCAAACAUGAUCUUUGUGGUUUUUGUUCCAGAAACAAGUUGUUGAAAUGAGUUUUGCAAUUGGAAAUAAAAUAAUUGCAGAUGUAACAAAUCUGUGGUUUGCGGUAACAUACAAUUCCAACAUUUCUUCUGGCGACUGGGCUAGGAAUGCACUGAUCCGAUAUCUGGUUCGAAUAUCGGCCCCGAUAUCAUCAAAAUAGAUGGAUCAGAUAUCCAAAAAUGCAAACUAUACCUGAGGCGAUCCUUUCCCUUUAGAUCUAUUGCAACGUGAGCUACGUCAUACGUCAUGGAGUGAAGGAGAGAAUCUGCUGUGUGGAGGUUUUUCACACUGUUUCAACUGCUGUCGCACAAUUGUUUGUUUUUGUUAAAAAUAAAUAGUUCAUUAUUGCAUUAAUCUGUUUCAUCUUGUUUCACUUUAUCUUAGGAAACAACUGUGUAGUCAUCAAUGCCUGAUGCCUUUAGUCUUUUCUGUUCUACAUGUACAGGUAUAUAGCUUUUUAGGUCAACCAUGGUAUCGG